UGUUUAUAUAGAUGUAUACUUCCUGUUUUCAUUGAAACGUUCCCUAUAAAUACAUCUCUCAGUAGCAACAGUAGCCAGCUAGCUAGUGUGUGGUAUGUAGCUCUGUGGAAUUAAUGGCUACUGUCACAAUUAAUGGAGUAAGUUUUCCCCUCGAGGCCAUUUACAUCGUUGGUGCUCUCUGUGGUCUGAUUGUUAUCUUCCUCUUCUUUAUUUCCUGCCUCUCGUGCAUCCUCUGUGCCCUGCCGCGACGAUCAGAGAGCCCCCGGGACAAGACAGAACCUCUAGUCCUCAAGUGGGCUGACACUGAACCUGGAAACGUGGAACUGCUGGCAAUGAGAACUCUCUCUGAGACAAUAUUAGAGCCAGCUACGACCACAGCGGACGAAACAAAGAGUGAGAAUAGCGAUGAGGAGGUCACUGCUGGGACAUUUGGCUUUCAGGGAGAGAUUGUCAAGAACCAGGAGAUAGUAACGGUGGAGUGCAACGAUGAAGACACAGAUACAAAGCAACAAGUUGAAGAAAGCCAGCCAGCGACUAGUACCUUUGGUGUCCUCUCUGACAAGCAACCUCUCGGCAGUGUCCAGAAGCCUGACCUUGUCCUGAGUACACCUGUGGUGAUAGUCCUGGAAGAGGCCACACCCACUAAGCCCCCCUCUGAUGACAAGCCCACACUUGACGAGCACACCACCCUCAUGUCUGAUACCAUUGAACCCCAUGAACCCAUUGUAGAUACUGCCAAGCCUACUGCAGCCAACAAGUCAACAGAAGAGAUCACUAGUAAUAGUACAGCUGCUGACACUGGCAAGAGCCUCGAACAACCCAACAGCCCAAACAUAUUGUUCAUGGACGAUAUUGACAAAGCUUUGGGGAUGAGCCCAUUGGACAUGCAGUUGAUGGACAUCCCGGGAACUUCCCUCUAGAACUCAUAAUUAGAGCAUAGCUAUAGCGUUUGUUAUGAUAGCGUUUGUUGUUCAAGCGUUUUGUUGUUCACAGGUGUUUAGUAAUAAAACAGAUUGUUUGUAAAAACAUUA